AUGCGUCUGCUCACUUUUCACAAAAAGACACGUUGGAGGUGGCAGGAAGCUGCCGACACCCCGACUGAGCCUACAUCUUUCAGAACAACCAGAGUGUCCUGCUGGGAGAAGCCCCUGCGCAGCUACAAGGACAGGGGCGUGGGCUUCCGGACCCCCACCUCACUCCCUCAAAGGAGGCUACCCAGGGCUCCUGCAUCAACAAGAAACAUCUCUGUCCGAAGCUGGAGCCUGGCUGGUGUGGUGACCAUGACCCCUGUCAUCCCCCAGGACAGCCCCCACUGCAUCCGCGAGUACAACCACUUUGCGAAGCACCACGGGAACAUGACCGUGCACUUGUCCCCCUGCUUCAGGGAUGUCCAGAUUGGCAAUGUAGCCACCAUGGGCGAGUGCCAACCUCUGAGCAAGACCGUGUGUUUCAGAGUGCCCGAGGUCCUCAAAGCCCCUAGCACCAAUUCUGAGAGUGGAUGCCCACUCGCUCCCCCCAAUGAAAUGAAGUUAUUUUCCCAUUAA